GUGCUGCCAAGCACCUUGCACAGGUCGGGCGGGUGCACGGUGGCUUCCCCGGGGCCGCCCUGGCCCUCAAGGCGACUGUUGGCGAUGCUCUUUCUGGCCGAUCCGGUGCGCGCGGCCACAACGGGUGCAGUGACACGCAGUGGACCUCGGCGCGCUGACGUUCGCUCACGCGCCUGCGCAGGAGAGAAAAUCCUGUCCCCCAUCACCUCCAAGGGCGACACGUUCUUCGUUCGGCACCACGCCGACGCCACGGACACGGAGGUCCUGAUUAUCGCCCUCUUCAUCGUCCUUCUCGAGCCCAGCGCCGAGGACACCGCCGAAUGGGCGGCGGGUUUGGCGCCUCUCGCGGCGCAGGCUGCGGAUGAGCAGGCGGGCUGGGCGACGUCGGCGGCGCCCGCCGGCUACUACGACCCGUUUCAGCGGCUCAUAGACGACAAGUGGCACAAGGAGACGUGCGAGGCCGUGAAGAAGGCGGUGGAGGGCUGGGAGGGCCCCGGCGCGCGCGAGGGCGUGACAGUCGCCCACUUGCUCUCGUACCACACCGGACUUAAGAAACACCCGGACAAUGGCGGGCUUGGCGGGCAGCCGCCGCGCAAGAGGCCGCCGAAGCGCUUCAACACGUGGGCGGCCACGCGCGUCGCCGACCUAAUCUACAGGCGCGGCCCAGUUUUGCGCGCGGCUCUCGGCUUGCCGCCGGCCGCCGCCGCGCUGCCUUCGGCGCCGUCGAUGGUCGAGGAGAACGCGGCGCUGACCGCGACCAUCGGGUUGAAGGACCAGAAGAUCGAGGCGCUCGAGCGCGAGCUGGCGAUUUGCCGCGCGGAGCGCGCCGACUUCGCCGACAAGCUCCACAAGGCGAAGAAGCGCGCAGAGCGUAAGCGGGCUGACGCGCGCGAGUACAAGGAGGCGCAACAGCGCGGCUACUCCGAGGCCCAGAAGGCGGCGCGGGCGGCGCAGCUCGCCGCGCGCAAGCGGAACUUCGACGCGGCCGUCGAGCGCGCGUCCUACGUGCGCGUCGUGACGCUGACGAGAAAGCUAGAGCGGGCAAAGAAGAGGCUCGAGGACGCUGGCCUCGCGCACGCGGCGGCGCUCGAGGAGAAGGCGAAGCAGGUCUCGACUGCUCGCAAGCGGGCGCGCGCCGUCGAGGGCGACGCGGCGAAGCUGCCCGAGCUGAAGCUCCAGGUCAAGGAGCUCAAGGCGCGGGUCGAGGAGCUCAGGGUCGAGGAGGAGUCCGAGUCCGAGGACGAGCCGUCGCCGCGCCCGGGCUGCUCGCCGAUUGUCGGCCUGCUGCCGCGGCGCGACGAGCACGGCCGCUGGCAGGCCGAGUCCGCCGAGCUGCGCGGGCUGCGGCACGCGCAGCUCGCGCGCGGCGUGGCCUCAUCCACCGUCUCCGCCAACAUACAGGACGUGCUUGACGUGCUGUGCCCGGGCCACGGCGUGCCGGCCGCUUGCGCGCGCCAAAGCAAGCUGAUGCGCGGCGAGGUCACGAUCGCCGGCGAGGCGAUGGCCGCCUUUAAGUUCGCGGCGAGCCGGCGCGUCAUAUCCUUUGGCUGGGACGAGUCGACCAAGUUCGGAAACUCCGUCUUCAGCUGCAACUUCCAGCUCGAGCACUUCGACGGCACCAUCGAGGACGUGUGCUUGCGCGGGCUCUCGAUACUGCCGCACGGCGGCACGUCGGCAGCGCUGCUCGCGCACAUCGAGGAGCGCAUCCUGUCCUACUCGCGGCGCGUCCUCGCCGCGUGGAUCGAGCAGCACGAGAAGGAGAAGGGCGCGGGCAGCUGGGCGGCGGCGGGCGGGCCGUCGCCGGAAAACAUCGGCCUGCACCGAUUGUGCGAGGGCACGGUCCUCAUGACGGACACGUGCAACGGCGCGCGCUGCACGCGGCGCAUGGUCGCCGCCGCUGCGAUGGUCGCCGUCGAGGCAAAGGUCGGCAAGGCGGCGUGGGAGGCCAUGACCGAGGAGGAGCGCGAGCGGAAGUACAAGACGUACCUCGGCGACUGCUGGCAGCACCUCCGCAACAUCAUCAUCGAGGCCAUGGCGGCCGCGGCGAACGCGUCGGUGAAGGCGACGCUCGACGACGAACUGCACGACUUCUCCUCCUUCGAGCGCAUCGACCCGGACGGCAGCUGCGUGAUUCGCGCCGCGUUUAAGCAAUUCCACCACGGGGGCGAGUACGCGAAGGGGCGCGGGCGCGAGUUUGAGUCGUGGCGCAAGACGCGGGCGCUGAUGUUCCUCCCCUUCGAGCGGGCGGCCGGGUCGCGGCAGGACCUAGCGUUCGACGGCUGCGUGCCCCUCUUCGUCAACCGCGUCACGUGCGUCGACUUUCUGCGCGGGUACAUCGACUGCCCUAAAUCCCAGAACGUGCUGGACAAGUCGCUGUACACCGUCAUGAAGUGCAACGAGUUCACCGCGUUCCUCCGGGUCAACACGCUGUGGCGCUUCCUCUUUUGGGACCCGCUCCGGUGGCUGUGCGGCAGCGCCAGCAAGCUCGACGAUUGGUCCCUCUACAAGAUGGGCUGGGUGCUGGAGCAGGUCGAGGCGGGCAUGGAGCAGGUCGUGGCGGACCCGGCGCGGCUGCUCGACCCCGAGUUCGACAUGUUCGCCGCCGUCGCCGAGGAGCUGCCCGCCUUCCGCGACUGGCGCGCCGAGCUGCUGGCGCGGCCGCUCAAGGGAUGCGGCGACCACACCUUCGCCGACGUCCUGCGCGAGGCGCGCGUGCCGACGCCUGGCUCGGGCAACCAGCAGGCGACGCCCAAGGUGCUCGAGCUCGCCAAGCUCCAGGCGGAGGCGGCGCUCAAGAAGAUGCACGACCCGAAGCUUGCGCUGGCUGACAAGCUCGAGUCCCAGGACGGCGUCAACGCGUGGAGCAAGAACGAGGACGCGCACCGGCGCACCAUCGACGCGCACGUGACGAACGACGCGGUCGAGAACAAGUUCGCCAUCGCCGACUACAUCAUGCGGUUCUACCGCAACAUGAGCGUCUUCAACGUGUCCGGCGUGGUGCAGCAGCGCGCGGCGCACGACUACGACCGCCCGCUCGACGUCGUCAGCGACCGGCGCAAGCGUAAGGCGGAGCCGGCGGAGGCUCCGCCCGUCGGCUUCUUCUGGAGGUUGCGCGCCGAUUUGCGCUCGUCGCUUGUCACGAUGGCGCGGCGCAGGCUGCCGGACGCGCUCAAGGAGGGGCGAGCCGAGGUGCUGUCGCACGACCAGGAGAAGCUGCUGCGCCGCGAGGAGGCGGUGCAGCGGCAGCUCAACGCCGCGGUCGAGAGGUACGCCGCCGCGCUCGAGCUCUUCGACCAGUGGCGCGCGCAGGGCGUGAAGACCGCCGCCGAGCUCGAGCGGGCGCUGGGCGGCAAGUCCGAGCCCGAGCAGCUGGCGGAGCUGCGCCGCCAGAUCGAGAUGCGGACAGUCGGCUGUGGCUGGACGCACUUCGAGACCAAGUGGGGCUUCUUCUCCGACGAGCGCUCGCACAAGAUCGAGGACCUCAAGCGCAUGCUGCUCGACGACAUCUUGCCCUACGAGUUCCAGCUGCGGCGGCUCAAGAAGCUCCCGACCGAGGCGGCGCCUCCUCAGCUGCGGGUCCGCUCGAUCAAGACCCUGGGCACCGCCGACGCGGACGUGCUGCGCCUGGAGCAGCAGAGCAUCUUCAACGUCUCGAACCUCCUCCCGAAGGCGAAGGCCGCGCGGGAGCGGCGCGAGGCGGCGGGCAUCUCGGACAGCGUCGAGGUGCGGCAGGACCGCGAAGCCCCCCCCUUCGACACGCGACUCGUGGGCAAGUGGCUCGAGGUGUGCUGGCCAUACAAGGAGGAGGGUAGGACGGUCAAGAUCUGGGCCGCCGGCAGGGUGAAGCGCGUCGCGGACGGCCUCACCGACAAGAGGAGCCCGCGCGCACGCAAGAUCCUCCCGGCCGGCAUGCUGCUCUGGGCUUGGGACGCCGACCCCGAGUACGACGAGCCGGCGGGGGAGAGAUGGAUCGCCUUUCUUCCCGAGAAGUGGAACAGGCCCGUCUCAUAUGGGUGGCGGCUCGAUCCCCGCGAGCUGGGCGCCACCGGCCCGCCCCGCACGCCGCUCAUUGAAGAGGAGGAGGAGGAGGAGGCGCCGCGCGCGCGCCGGUGACCGAAAUUUGUCUGUCUUGAGACGGGUGUGGGCCCUCGUGUGGUCGGUCCCUGGAUGUAAGGGGCAUAGCUAUAGACUCCCCAUAGUGUCCACAGUCAGUGCUGAGCUUGCCGGGCUUGUAGUGCGACUUUCAAAAUUUACCAUUUCCCCC